AUGUUUAAAUAAAAUCCAAUUCUAAAUUUAUUUUCUAAUGAUUGCGAUAUGAGUUAGUUUUUUUUAAAAAAUAGAUAAUUGAAUAAUAUUAGAAGAUUAGAUAUGUUGAUUAGAGACGAGAAGAGAUAAGAUAAUAAAUUAAAAAGAAUGAUAAUAGAUUGUGGGAAUAAAUGUGGUAUUAGAAAUUCAAGAGUAUCUAAAAAUGAGAUAUCAUUUAUGUAAAUAAAACAUUGUUCUAUUUUCUGUAAAAAAAGAGCAUGUAGUGAAUAAAAAGAAAUGAAUUAACGAACAAAGAACAAUAGUGUAUAACCUUAGAGAAUGGAAAUAUAAUAUGAUUUUGGAGGUUGGACAAAUGAGAGUUGGAAAAGUGUUUGA